AUGGGUAAAACGAACCGGUUAAACCGAGGAGGAUCGAUAGCAGCAACUGACGGGGUGGAAUUCAAUCUGUUAGCCGUGGCGAGCAACGAGGGCCGAGAGAUAGCUUUACACCAAGGUUCGCCCAAUCAUAAUCUUGGCAUCGGAGAUUUGCUUCCCCGUCGACAGAGUCCACCGUCGCAGUGGGUACUGGAGUACGAAACAGAGGACCGCGUAGUGGAUCCAGAACAUUUACCACUCAUCGAGAGGUGA